AUGACGAAAGACUGGGAGUUGGUGCAGGAUGAGAUCAAGGAGCUUUCUUUCGUCCAAAAGAAGCCUCUGGAAGAGGUCAAGGAGCUAAUGGAACGCAAACACAAAUUUCGGGCUUCGACACGAGCAUAUCGGAUGAGGUUGAAAGAGUGGGGUAUCAUGAGGCACAAACCGCGAAGAGCCACGAAGUCGCGUCACAAAGCGAGGCUAUCCAGCGAGCAGAGUUCCGAUGGCAACGCUGGGAACGACAACGAGUCAAGCGAUUCCGCUGAACCCAUUUCAAUCGACUCGACUUCCAGAGAGCAUUGUACAAAGACGGGUGGUUGGCAGGUUGUAGCUAGUUUACCCACUCUUAUCGCCGAUGAAGCCGGGACGGUCGCAGAGCCAACUUUUCUGGGUCUAUUGAAUCAGCCACAAGAUCUCCGGCCAUCCUUCGAAGAGACAUCGUCGCAAGAUUCCAGGCAGGCCUUCGACAUAGUACUAGACAUGGUCGGUGCAGUCCUAGACGGCGAUUUGCAGAAGUUGGAAAAGCUUAUUGUCGACAAUGUCGAUCACAUCAACCAUCCCAUUGGUCUGCCUUUCGAUGAAGCAGGCGCACGAUUCGUUGGCCACCCUGCUCUGAGCGAGAUGGUUAUCUUGCAGCAUCCAAAUCAGACCGUAUUCGAUAUUGCGUGCGGUAUGCCUUGCGGACCGAUCAUCUGGGUCUUACUUGCUUACGGCGCAAAAGGUUCCAAACAUCCACUUGGAACAGACUUGGCCUUACAUAAUGCCAUCAAAAACGGGCGCACUUACACUGUUCAAGCACUGCUCCAACCUGGUCGUUCAGAGGUCAAUGGACUUCCAGGUUCAAGCUGGACUCCUCUACGUCAAGCAGUCUUCUGGAAUGUCCCUGACAUCGUGCGCAUCCUUCUCAACCGAGGUGCCAGCGUCGAAGAUGCUGAUCCAUCGCCUGAGAAGCCUGGUGUUCACACAGCAUUGCAACUAUGCCUAUUACAUCGAAUGAAGAUCUACACAGACCCUGCGGCACGCAAGAACUGCCACACGCUUUUGGAACUGCUUCUUAAUGCUGGGGCAAAUGUUCACCGCAAGCCUCCAGAGCUUGUUGCCCAGUCAAACUUUGGCAUGUUCAUCAUGGCAUUGCAGAAUCGCCCUUAUUGGGCUGCCGAGCUUUCUUCAGACGAGCUUGAAUGUCUCCGGCUGUUUGUUUGCAAGGGUGCUAGCUUCCCUCCGUUUUUGGGAGGUUAUCCUUGCAAGUCUCUGUGUCGGGACAAGUUUGAGCACCAAGCGCUGUGGCAUUCGACUCCAACUUUUGCGCGGUGGCUCAUUGACACCUUUGUACCUACGCCGACGAACGACGGUACCUCGCUCCUAUCUGAGGUUCUCGGCUGCUGUCCAGACGCAAAACGACAUCCCGCCGACACGCUACGCGAUGUUGAAGUGCUUCUUGGGAAGGGCGUCGAUCCGAACAGCACAGCUCAUGACGCCCUAAGUCCUUUGGGGAAGUGCAUUGCGGACUGCCCAGCUGUUGAUAUCGUCCCGCGUCUCCGAAUGCUUGUCAAUGGCGGCGCCGACCCAGAAUGCGAAGAUGCGGACGGUGUUCAGCCAUACGUCCGAGCGGCGGAAUUCUUUGAAGAGCCGCUUCGUACCGAGGUCAUGUCAGUGUUGGUUGCUAAGAUCCCAGGUAGAUAUGUAAGGCGCGUCAACGAUGCCUCCCACACAUGGGCUGCAGGCCUUUUCCCCAUCUCCGAGACGCAGACUUAUGAUCAAGUCAUGGCGUGCACGCGUCAAACGGGCGAGUUCAUGCUCAACAUGCGUAACAUGGUACCAGAACAUGUUCAGAGCAUCUUUCAAAGAGCCUAUUUCACCGUCAUCAGCGAGUACUUCUUGAAUACAAUGACCAGAGUCGCAAAGACGAAGAUGCUAAGCUCGCAAGAGAAGGAUGAAAUCGUCUGGAUUGUUUCUAUGCGAGAUGGCGUCGAUUUACCCAAGUACAGCUUCGACCAGAAACUCGUCAUUGCGCUGCUGGACCCACAACCACUGCCAAGUAUGAUGCUUGCACGAGAUGAUGAUGUUCUUCCAGAGGAUCCGAUGCAAUGCGAUACGGUCGAUGUUGCUGCGGCUUCUCCAGCGUCUAGUCUCCACAAUGGCUCGAUGACUUCUUCGUAG